AUGCCAGUACGAGGGCGCCGAUACAGCGAUGAUCCACUCCCAUACUUUCCUCCUCCGGCAUACACGCCUCGCAAGCGUGGCAGACCCUCGAACAACCCCAUUGCCAUCUUCCGGCGCAAUCGGACACUCAUACUCGUAGGAUGCUUCGUCCUGCUUGUACUAUGGCGCCUCACGAGAGCACGUAACGCGUCGCCGCCGCCGCCGAAACUGACUGGGGCGGCGGCGAUGGCAAAGGCAGACUGGAGCAAGUAUGCGUAUAGUUUGUAUGCGACUGAUACGGCUACGCUAUGCCAUGCUGUCAUGGUGUUUGAAGCGCUGCAGAGGCUGGGCAGCAAGGCGGAGAGAGUUCUGUUCUAUCCGAGGCAUUGGGAUACGUUGGUGUCGAGUGCGACUGAUCGGGAUAGCCAGCUGCUGGUGAUGGCGAGGCGGGACUACAAGGUCGUGCUGAUGCCGACGAAGAUCAUGAAUGUAUUUGGGUACAGGACGCCUGACAAGCCGAAGAAGACAUGGGAUGAAUCCGUGUCGAAGCUGUUUGCAUUCACGCUCACCCACUUUGACCGCGUCAUCCACCUUGACUCCGAUCUCACCUUACUCCAGAAUAUUGACGAGCUGUUCUUCCUACCCCAAGCCACAGUCGCCAUGCCGCCCGCCUACUGGCAAGCCGAAACUCCUCACCCCCUCACAAGCCUCCUAAUGGUCGUCGAGCCAAGCAUGCGAGAGUUCAACGCACUCAAGGCGCAGAUUGACGCUGGUGCAGAGCAAGAGACGGUCGAGGCGCGCAAAUACGACAUGGAGCUCCUCAACGAGCGCUACGGACAAACAGCGCUCACAAUACCGCAGCGGCCGUACGCGUUGCUAACGGGCGAGUUCCGCAACCACAAUCACACGGCAUACCUGGGUAGCGAGGAGAUGGAGUGGGACGCAGAAAGCAUUAUCAAAGAGGCGAAACUGGUGCAUUUCAGCGACUGGCCCAUGCCGAAGCCGUGGGUGCUAUGGUCGGCCGAAGGACUGGCAGAGAUGCAGCCUGACUGUGGAGGAAGCCACGAGGGCUCAUGUGCAGAGAGGAGGAUCUGGAAGCAAUUGUACGACGGGUUUAGGGAAAAGAGAAAGGACGUCUGUAAACUGUUGAGUCUGCCGGCGCCAGACUGGUUUGAGUUGACGGGCAAGAUCAAGGAGGGUGAGAUGCAUAGUGAUCCAGGGCAGCAGGGCAAGAUCAAAGGGGAGGCAGAAAGCAUUGGGCAUAUUGAUACCGUGACGAGGGGACAUACGAGUUGA